ACUGACACUAAUCUUUUCAACUUCAAACGCGCUUAAUUGAUUCCAAAAUAAAACAAUAAAAAUAUAUAAAAUGGCAGACAACGAUGAUCUUCUUGACUACGAAGAUGAAGAACAAACCGAUCAGGUUAUAGCAGAAGCCGAUCAGAAAAAAGAUGUCAAAGGAACUUACGUAUCAAUUCAUAGCUCAGGCUUCCGUGAUUUCCUCCUUAAACCAGAAAUUUUACGAGCUAUCGUUGAUUGUGGUUUUGAACAUCCUUCAGCUGUGCAACACGAAUGCAUUCCACAAGCAGUUCUAGGAAUGGACAUCCUUUGCCAAGCCAAAUCUGGUAUGGGAAAGACGGCUGUAUUUGUCCUCGCUACACUCCAACAACUCGAACCCACUGAUAAUCAAGUAUAUGUCUUGGUUAUGUGUCAUACACGCGAACUUGCUUUCCAAAUCAGUAAAGAAUAUGAGCGAUUCAGCAAGUACAUGUCAGGUGUGAAGGUUGGAGUGUUCUUUGGUGGCAUGCCGAUUCAAAAAGAUGAAGAAACAUUAAAGACAAUGACACCACACAUCGUUGUUGGUACACCUGGACGCGUUCUUGCUCUCAUUCGUAACAAAAAAUUAAACCUGAAGCACUUGAAACAUUUCAUUCUCGAUGAGUGCGAUAAAAUGUUGGAACAAUUGGAUAUGCGUAAAGAUGUACAAGAAAUAUUCCGAAGCACACCACACGGCAAACAGGUCAUGAUGUUCUCAGCCACACUCAGCAAAGAAAUUCGUCCAAUAUGCAAGAAAUUCAUGCAAGAUCCAAUGGAAGUUUAUGUCGAUGAUGAAACAAAAUUGACAUUACAUGGAUUGCAACAACAUUAUGUGAAGUUGAAGGAAAAUGAAAAGAACAAGAAAUUGUUUGAAUUGCUUGAUGUGUUGGAGUUCAAUCAAGUUGUCAUAUUUGUCAAAUCUGUUCAACGUUGUGAAGCUUUGGCAAGUCUUUUAACCGAUCAGAACUUCCCUGCAAUCGCAAUUCAUCGUGGAAUGGCACAAGACGAACGCUUGGCUAAAUAUCAACAAUUUAAAGAUUUCCAGAAGCGUAUUUUGGUUGCUACCAACCUUUUCGGACGCGGCAUGGACAUUGAACGAGUCAACAUCGUUUUCAACUAUGACAUGCCUGAAGAUUCCGACACAUAUUUACAUCGUGUCGCUCGUGCUGGUCGUUUCGGUACCAAAGGUCUUGCAAUCACCUUCGUAUCAGAUGAAAACGACGCAAAGAUCUUAAACAAUGUUCAGGAUCGUUUUGACGUAAACAUCACUGAAUUACCCGACGAAAUCGAUUUAAGCUCAUACAUUGAAGGACGUUAAACUUAAAUUGAAAGUGGACACAAACAAACCUUCAAUUCAUAAUCCAAUAUUUCUCAACAUCCGAAUAUUGUCGAAGUUAAUUAAUUUUUUUUACUUUUAAGAUUUUUUCCCUUUUUUCAUAAAUCAAACAAAAUUUCCAAAUUUCAAUAUAUUAGAUAUAGAAAGAACUUUUUUUGAUAUUUCUUACACACCCACAUAAACUUUUCUUCGCUAAGAGUAAACUUUAAUGUAAGUUUACAUAAAAGGAAUCCACUUUUUGUAGAAAUGAGUUCAAAUAAUAAAAAAAAGAAUAUUUCGUCUUGAAUUGUCA